UCACUUGGGUGCAUGUUUGUGAGCAUUUGUGCUUUUAAAACCCCACUUUUCCUACCCCCUCGUCUCCCUCUUCCUGCGCGGAUGAAUCGUCGGGUGCUGCGGCUGUGGUGAAUGAGAUUGAAGAAGAGUUCUUGUUUUGUAUCUCAGUUUCUCUCUUUUUUAUACGCGCAAAUUAAAUUGAAACAAACAAAAAAUAAGGUCGGCUCACGUAGUUAAUUUCGGCCCGGCGCACCGCUACAGCUAUGUGAGGGAUCGCGUCGGAGGAUCUUUGCCGAGAUCUCGGCGUGUUUGUAAAUAUUUAUUUAAAUAAUUUGUGGGGGGAGAGAGAGAGAGAGAGAGAAGCACUACUGCUCAAGUGAGUAGAGGAGGGGAGUUGGAGAGAGAGUACGAACAUAGUCUCAGUGCCAGCUGGACAGGCUGAAAGUUUCCUGAGUCUCUCUUUCCGCCGAACUGGAUCAAUGAUGGAAUUGCAAACAUUACAGGAGGCCCUGAAAGUGGAAAUACAAGUCCAUCAGAAACUUGUUGCCCAGAUGAAGCAGGACCCACAGAAUGCCGAUCUGAAAAAGCAACUUCACGAGCUCCAGGCGAAAAUCACUGCUCUGAGUGAAAAACAGAAAAAAGUGGUCGAGCAGUUGCGAAAAGAGCUGAUGAUAAAGCAGGAGCCCGAACUGAAGCCCCAGAUCCUUACGACAUCUGCAGACGGUAAAGCCGUGCUGCUCACGCCGGCCUGCCCCCCUUCGCAGACGGGGCCUCCACACCACCAGGGGGCGAUACAGAAGACUCUAACCGUGACGCCAGUCAUCACCGCAAAGACACUACCUCUCGUGCUGAAAGCUGCCACCUCCACCAUGCCUGCUUCCAUGGCAACGCAACGCCCCACCGUAGCCAUGGUUACUGCCAUCAGCAACCCCCCCAGACCCGGCGGCAAUUCUAACUCGCAGAGCACACCAAUCAACCUUCAGGUGGCCAGCAAAUUACCCAAUCAGGACACAGAUGCCGCCACGCGGAUCGUGUCGAAGAAUGUCAUUGUUGUGCAGGCCACCACCACCUCUGCCCAGCCUAUCAAAGUUCCCCAGUUUGUCCCUCCUCCUAGACUGACGCCUCGACCCACCUUUCAGCCACAGGUUCGACCGAAACCCCCAAUGCCCAACAAUGUGCCCAUUGCUCCGGCCCCGCCUCCCCCCAUGGUGGCGGCUCCUCUGAUCCAACGGCCCCUGAUGCUCGCCACCAAGCUGACGUCAUCGUUGCCUGCCUCCACCGGGCCCAUCCACCAGGUGCGCAUCGUGAACGGACAGCAGGUCGAGAAAGCCAUGCUCGCUGGCGGCACAGCGCAAGUCACGGGAAUAGUCAUCAGCCCGGCGCAGACACUUCAGAUCAGCAACCUUUACUCAGACGCAAAGACUGUGAAACCGCAGGGAGGAGUAGAACAGGUGGUCUCCAGCAAACCACCCUCCACCUUGCCUCCCCUUCCUCCCGCUCCCGCUAAGGUCAAACGAGAGGAAAGCCCGCAGGUACCACGCGUCUCCAAUGAGAAACUUGCCUUUAUGGUGUCUCUCGGGUUGGUCACACAUGAUCACCUUGAAGAGAUUCAGAGCAGAAGACAGGAACGCAAGAGGAGGACAACAGCCAACCCGGUGUACAGCGGAGCGGUGUUCGAACCCGAGAGAAAAAAGAUUGCCGUUACGUAUUUGAAUACUCCGCUGCAUCAAGGCACCAGGAAGAGAGGUCGCCCUCCCAAAUACAGCACCACCAACACAACCACCACCAGCGGCAGCACGGAGCUGGGCUGCAACCCCCUGCUCUCCCCUACCAGCAGCCUUCCCGACUCCCCGGCCCCCGAGCGGCCUGACACGGGGGGCUUUCCCCUCCCUGUCCACCCUCAUUCUCUCCCCCAGCCCAGCCCCAGCUCCGGGGAUGGAGACAUCCACGAGGAUUUCUGCACUGUGUGCAGACGCAGUGGACAGUUGCUUAUGUGUGAUACGUGUUCGCGUGUCUACCACCUCGACUGCCUGGACCCGCCCCUCAAAAACAUUCCUAAAGGCAUGUGGAUCUGUCCAAAAUGUCAAGACAAGAUUCUAAAGAAGGAAGAGGCCAUUCCCUGGCCAGGAACCCUAGCCAUCGUGCAUUCCUACAUUGCUUACAAAGAAGCGAAAGAAGAGGAAAAGCAAAAAUUAAUGAAAUGGAGUGCUGAGCUAAAGUUGGAAAGAGAGCAACUAGAACAGAGAGUCAAACAACUCAGCAACUCUAUAACAAAAUGCAUGGAGAAAAAGAACGGUAUCCUGGCCUGUCAGAAGGAGAUGCAGGUCUCUCUGGAGAAGGUGAAACACCUGAUCCGUCUCAUCCAGAGCUUUAAUAUGUCUCAGACCACAGAGACGGACGUCCCACAGGAUUCCAAACCGGAGUCAGAACCCAUCAAAGAACCCACAGACUCUACGCAAGCGUGCGUACAGGAGAACCCCACCGAGCCCAGCGUGCAGGUCCCGGUUGCCGUAGCAGUUCCAGAAGUGCAGACGGAGCCCGAGGUUGGAGAAAUGGCAGAGCCGGCGGCCGCGGUCACACCGGAGGCUGUUGCAAGUGAAUCGGGAGUCGCGGGAACGCCCGAAACCACGGUUAGCGAGGAGAUGACGAGCGUGGCAACAACUGCAGAGCCGGAGGAACCGACUCAAGUCAGAGACGUUAAGACCAACGGGGGGACAGACUGCGUUUGUACCGGCUUGAGCGAGGAGGGCGGGACUGAUGUCGCGGACUCUGAGAAUAUCCCGCCUAAUGACGGGAGCUGUGCAGAAGAGUCUGGGAAGAUGGAGGUGGACAGGCAAGAAGACGGAAGUCACGGCCUCAACAACAACAACAACGGCAAAACCUCAGAACCUUCCCAGCAGGCUUUGCCAGCCCCGCUAAGCAGUGUGGACAACCCCAAAUAGUUCUCAGCCUCGCCGUUAACAUCACCAAAACAUUUCAAACAGAUCGCACCUUGGACCGGUGCACAAAGUUGCCAAUCUAUACGUAUAUAUAUAUUAUACAUAUAUAUAUUAUAUAUAUCCAAAUAAAUGUUGUUGGUUUUUUUUUCUUUAUACAUAUGGUAAAACUGUGUCAGCAGUUCUUCUAAAACCAAGACAAAACAAGUCUUUAUUCUUGAAGACCAACAGCGCCCAAAGGUCUGGGUGAAUAGGGCGACUUAUGAAAGAGUGUCAUGCCAAUUUUAGAUUAUAAAAAAGAUAAUAGCAGUUUAACUAAUAAUAAUAAUAAAUAAUAAAAAUAAUAAUGAUGAUGGUGAUAAAGAUGACGAUGGAUAAUUUAUCACAUCAGACCAGUGUGUGCCUCCAGCAUGUGGUUUGUUUCAUAGAUUGUCUUCUCCGGGGUGAGAAAGCCAGGGCGGACGUAUCCAAAGACUGCGCCUGACACCCCGUUCACCUCCAGGCUUGAGUGGACCGACAAAACCAAAAGCUUCUUUUUCCAAGCAGGACAAAAAACAAAGCAUCAGUAUUGUGGGUUCGACUAAAUCAGGACUUGACCAGGACCGCCUAUAGCAACCCCCUGUUAUUGCUCUCCUCCACCUGUUGGCAUUUCCCAGUUCGAAGUAUGAAGCGUCCCGUUUCAAAGUCAUCUCAGGCUAACCAGCGGCAGAGCGCAAGGCAAAGCCCUGCAAGGUCUUUGAACAAGGGCUGGACGAGAAAGCCACACCAGACGACUCAUCUCGGUAACCGCAUCAGUUCUCGCGUGGAAGAUUAGCUUGAGGAACGCUGUUGGUUGUUCUGUCUUGUUCUGAAAUCAGUGUGUCUGGAUGCUGUUUGUAAUUUCCUUUUCAUUUCGAGGAAGAAAAAAAGACAUGACAUUGUCUGUAUCUGAGGAGUAUUUCUUGUUUUUAUCGGAAAAUAUAUUCAGGUCUUCCUAGUCUGCAUUGAAAAAUAAGUGCUUUUCUGUUUCACGAAACAGUCGUUUGUUAUCAAAGGUGUUUAAAAAUGGCACGAGUUAUGCGGGCGGCUUUCUCGACCUCACGGGGAAGACCGUUGCUUAACAACUGUCUGUUUUCUUUCAAGAACUGCCAAAUGGUUGUUUUAAUCCGAAAUAAAUGGAUAGAUCCUGUGUGUUUUAGUCUAGAAUAUAAUGGAAACGUCCCAUCCCCGUGUCCUCCACAACGUUUUCUGAGAAAAACAAUAAUGACGAUGUGUCACGAUUUGCUGUCUUAAACUCGAGGGUUUGAUAUAUGAGCCAAAUUUAGUAAUAAGGAAACGACCGAAAACCCUUCAAUUAAAGCACAAGCUUUAUUGCAGAUAACUGAAGCAAACGCACUAAAGGCUUUCCGUUUGGUUGAGUGAAAUUUUCAAAUCUCUGUUUUCUUUAACAACGCUUGUCAUGUUACCCGAUGGCUGAUGUCUUCAUGUUGCACAGAUUCUUAACCCGUCCUUUCGUCUUAACAGCAAUGCACGGCUGGCACCUCUUUUUCGUCUUACAUGUCAGGCCAUUCCAAAAUGACAUAUCCCUUUUUAUAUUUGUGGUGAGCGCCACUCAGGCUAGGAUUAAACAAUUUACGCAUAUCAAAUUCCACGUGUUUGUUUAGGAAAGGUGUUUAGGAAAUUUAUCCAAACGAAUGAUGCAUUGCUAAUUCUGACUGUUGAGAUAUAACCCACCAAAAUACAGAUGAUGUUCAGUCUUAAGUUCGUGGCUUUAAACACCGUUUGGCGAUGGAGUUUUGGUGAGGGUUAUAUCUGUAAUGUGCUGCAAUUCCUCACAAUCUACUGUGAACAUUUACAUCCUCUUUAAUACAUUCCCAUAAUGCCCUGUUACCCUUUGAGCCAGGAUUGGGUAGGAUGGAUAAACAUUCAUAUCAGCGACCAUUAUUGUGGCAUACUGAAUAUUCAAGGCCUUUCAGAAGUCACCGUUGUCAGUCUAGACGGAAUCUUUUACACCUUCCUGUACAGGUGCCCAGAGUGCCUUCAACCUUUUACAUACUAUAAAACCCCUCAAACCUUCACGAUUGUCACUAAAACAAUGGAAAGAAACCAGACAUAUUUAUGUCAUUCACUCUCUAUUUACGGUCAUUUAGUUCGAUUUGAAGCACAUUUGCAGGUUGUAAUUUCAUGGUUUAAGUGAACUGGUUGUAGUGACGUGCUUGUAUUGGUCUGGUCCUGUAUGUCUUUAUUAAGCCCUUGUAGUUAUCUGCUGUGAAGUUUAACAUCCCCACUAGAGAGUAUAUUUUGGUUACGUUGCCUUGAACAAAAGAUUUUUAGUAAUUGCACAAAAUUGGUCCAUAAAAAUGUUCCCUGUUUCAGCGAAUCUCCAGAACAUUAAGUGUUUUAACAUUUUUGGAGUCGUAUGUGGGGCACGUCUGCUGAAAAAAUGACAUUACAAAGUUAUGCUUUCUGUCUUUAUGCACUUUUUGGAAUGUCCUAAGUAUUACUCGGUUUUGUUUGCUUAAAUAUAUUGAAGUGUCUGCUCGUUUUGAGUUCUCUAUCAGUGUAAAAUUGCUUUUUUUCUCGCGUAUCACCAGGACUGUUCAGACCAGUGACCGUUAUGUCACAGCUCUGCUUUUAAGACUACAUGCAACUUUCCUUAUCCCAUCUUUUGUCUCUCCUUUAGUCACAGAGUUAGAAUAUCAGUACCUGAUUCGGGUAUUUGGACAUCAGCUGUUAGCAAAGCUGAGCUACGGAAACCUGCAAUCUGAUUGGAUAGACUCAAAAUCCCAGACCACCACCUGUCCGAUCGGUUCGACCAAUAGCAUGCCUUCUUAUGCAAAUUUUUUAUAUGAGUUUUGUCAGACCAUUUUGAUAUGCAUUUAGUUUUGAGUUUAUUUUGUGACGAUUUUUAUGUGAACUUUCCUUUUCACACGUCUGGCAAAACCGAUGCCAAAAUGAAACUGUAUACAUAUGUACAUCUCUUAAAACACUGUAUUCGGGUUUACGUUCCAGUUAUGAACAAUAGACUUUUUCCCAAAGGCAUCUGUAGGAUAUAGUUCAUUCAUGUACAGUUACAAAUAGGAUUUCUUUGCUGUCCAUACUACUGGGCUGUUGUACGGAAAAACAUGUGUAUGAAUCUUAUGGACCGUUGCUUUCUGCCUUCGCUAGCACACCAUGCUGAAUGUUAUUGUUGUUUAGGGGCGCCGGGUGUGUUGUGAGAAGAUAUUUACGGUCUUACAUGGCUGAUCUUGCAGAGUGCAUGUCGUGGGUGGGGCGUAAAGAAGAAAGGGGGCGGGAACUUCUCAAAGCCACGCAUUCAAGUAUCCAAGUUCUUAAGUAUACCCAAAGAGAUUGCUAUUAGGGAGACUUUUUUAUAUACAUUCGAGAUACGGUACAUAUCAUUGAAAAUCUUUCCGUCACUGUUGUUUUCUGCUCUAGCUUACAGCGCUGAAGUGUAGGAAGUGCUUUCCACCAGCUUAUGUCUGACAUUCUGUGUGGCUUUGCAAUUUUGAUUUUGGUGCGAAAGGUGCCGAUGUACAUUUAUGCAUAAAACUGAAAGACUGAAAGACUUUCAAAUCCAUUCCAGUUCAUCCUGUCACCUUGAUCUUAAUAGUGUGUAGAUCAUCUUUAUUCUUUUUGGUGCGUUGCAAUUCCACAGUGACAAAGAGGUCAUUGUAGUUUCAGUGUAGGUUUUGUUCAAUUUUCAUACUAUUUACUCGAGUCAUGAUUGUGGCCUUCUUGUACUGUUGAUGCAUUUCAUUUCUAUUGUUGUGACUUCCCUGGUGUUGUGCACUGUGUGAGUGUGUUUGAGAAGGUGUGUGUGUUACCUCAUCUACAGUCAACUGUUCAAUUGGAAAACAUUUUGUUUACGCGUGCAAAAAAAAAUCUUCCACUUGAUGAAAGACAAAACAGGAUACAUUGUAGCGAGUUAUAAAAAAAAGAAACAAGUUCGCCCGGUGUGCUGAACUAUGUGUAAAUGGUUUAUUACACAAUAUGAAUAUUUGUAAAAUUGUUUGUAUUUUUUCAUGAUGAUUUUAAAAAGGAGUGUCUUUAUUUUUUGACUUCUUUCUGUUACAGAACUCUCUCUCUCUAUCUCUCUCUCUCUCUGCUCUUUUUUCCUUGUUUGUUCACCUGACAUUGUAAGUGAGUCAGUUGGGUCUUACCUCUCUCCUGUAUUGAGCCUGUGAUGAGUCCUUUGUAUGCAGUGUUUUGAAAAUACUGUAGGGAACAUGGGAAGAAAUUGAUAUUAGGAGCAUUUGAUCAAUUUGUAUUUAUUUAUUUUAUCAUUUUGUUAAUAAAUCGAUAAAGAAC